AUGCUUUUCCAGGCAAGAUUUGGGCUGAUGCUGAUGAUGACCGUGGCGAUUGGGUCGUAUUGUGCUACAGUGAGGCACGAAGAGCAGGACAACAACCCGAAGGUCAACCCGCUAUCAGAAUUGAAUGGAGAUCAGCUGGAGGUCAGGGAUUUGGCAUGUGUACACCGUCAACAGCCAACUGACCAAUAUGCCACUGAAGACACACCAUUCAAUAAAGAACAAAAAACACUGAAUGAGUUCCUGUCAGCCCUGAAAAGUGCUGGGGAACUGGGGAAAAUGGACUUCGUGGGAACAUGUUCACCUGAAACUCAAAGUUCGCAGGUUUCUCAUCUGGUUCAGAGUGUGCUCCAAAAACAAAGUGGCCUCAAGGGUGUGCAUGCUACAGAAGAUAUUUGGGAUGCUGAUAACGAAGGAGGGAUCACUUUAACCCUCACGUUCCCAAAGCAUUCCCUACCGGCCGGUCCGGCCUCUGUGAUGCUCCUGUUCAGUGUCAAUCCUGUUAAAGGAGACAGUUUGAGAGUGCAAUUCAACAGUCAAUCCAUCCAUCCAAAUACACAGACUGUUUGCAUUUCUGAGUCCACACGUUUCCUGAUUGUCACCGGAGGAUGGAGUCAUGGCCACAUUCACCUUAAACUGAAGACGAUGGUUGAGACAUCGAUGGAUGAUAACAGGCCAAAACUCAGUGUGUCUGAACUUAAAGAAGUGUUGAUGAGAAAGGUGGAUAGCAGCAGUACGAUGAUCAAGCCAGUUUUACUUUUCCUCUCUGACCUUGAGGAGCCUCGUUUAAAACAUCAUCGAAUUCCACAGGAUGAGAGGCUCCCAUCCCGAACGUAUCUUUUCCUCUGUGAGCUGCAAAAGUUCUUAAGGGACAUCCUGCCUCAGAGCAAAAGUACUACACCUCAGGAUGACCCCAGCGCAGUUUCUUUGGAUACGUUGCAUUCUCUUCCACCUCUCCGCCUUGGAGUGUCAUCCACAGAGUCGCUGCUUUCAGGACUGGUCAAUUCCUCCACGCCGACUGUAUUUGUGUUCCCCCAGAGACAGCAGGGCCUGCAGACCCACCGGGUGGAGGUGACCCUCGAUUCCCCUUUACUGUCUGUACUCAGAAUGAGACUGGAUGAAGCCAUGGCUCAGGUCAAACAGCAGGAGGCAGGCCGGAAGAUGAUUGACAGACUGCAGAAACUGACUGAACUGAGUGCGCUUUCUCCAGAUGGAGAGGACAGUGAAGCAGCUACUAAGGACCACAAAGAGGCUCAGUACCGUUCAGUGUUGCUCCUGAAAGCCCUGCAGAUGGUGCUCAGUAACUGGGAGUCAGAAAGAGCCCAGCGAGCAGCGAGAGCUGAUGAAGACGGACCAUCAGCAUCCAAUCAGUGUCAUCUUCAAAGCCUGAGCGUCUCGUUGAGGAAGUUCUUCCUGGAGCCGUCCAGAGCCAACAUCAACAACUGCGAAGGAACCUGCGGCUUUCCUCUGAACAACGCCAACAACCAUGCCGUCCUGCUGAACAGCCACAUCCAGAGCGGGCAGCCGGUGAACCGCUCGCUAUGCUGCGUCCCUGUGGAAUACGACGAUCUGUGUGUGAUUGAGCUGGAGAGCGAGACCACCAACAUCUCCUACAAGACCAACGUGGUGGCGACCAAGUGCGAAUGCCGCUGACGAGCUUUAAGGCAAUGAAAUCUACAGCUGUUUUUGUUUGUAAAGAGAUGGUUCACACAAAAAAUGAAAACAACUCCUUAGUUUUUUAUUUGGAAAAGAGCUCAUUUUAUAACCCCAUAGAGUUAAAACGUUUAUUUUAGCAUUUCUGAAUCUGUUUAGCUAAUUUCUGUGUCUGGCAGGAGCACUUUUAGCUUAGCUUAGCAUAAAUAAUUGAAUCGGAUUAGACCAUUAGCAUCUUGCUCCAAAAAAAGUUUUGAUAAUUGUCCUAUUUAAAGCUUGAGGAAUCUGUACAUUGUGUUCCAAAACCAACCUUAAAUGAAAUGUUAAUAAUUAAGCAACUUUCUAUUCCUUGAUAAUUAUGCCAGAAUGAGUGUUCCUAGCUCAGCCUGGAAAAUAGCAACUUUUCAUUUUCUGCCAGUCUUAGAACAUGAAACGCCACUACAGAAGAGUUGAGCUUUAAAUAGGAAAAUUAUCAAAACACU